AUGGCGGGUUCGACGCUUCCGGGUAGCUCACCUGGGGACGAAUCAGUUCGGGAAACGUCCACUCCAGAGCCACCCGCGACUGAUGGAAACAGUAACAUGGACGGAGAGGGAUCUGUAUCCGAAAUAACGGCGAUGAGGAGCAGAACUUCUGUCUCGAACGACGCACUUGUGCUGGAACGGAACAGUGAGCAGCGUGUAGACCAAGACACUUGGGUGCGUAGCCGGGAGCCUGCAGCCAGCGCUCGCGAGCUAUCUCCUGAUCUUGGGCCCAUGCAACCGGGUGCAUCGCCUGAAACAGCUGCGGAAAGCGAUAGUGAAGAGGCGUCGGGGUGUGCGUCGCCUGCGCUUGCCUCUGGAUCAAGUGCCGACUCGCCGCACUCGCCGCAGUUUCCUGUUCAAAGCGCUGAAAACGAUAACCCGACUUUAAAAGAGAUGCAAAAGGCGAGCCCCGCCUCGAUCGCGGAGUCAGGUACCCAGGAAAGCUUUCCAGGAGAGAGAGACUCACCUGUUCCAGUACACUCGCUGGCCUCGACCCUGGAGGAAAUAGGCAAGCCGGUGGCAGCGGAGCGCAAAAACUCUGCAAAUGAGAACGCAAUCGUGCCAACUGAGCCGGAGAUGCACGCCCAGGUGCUUUCCAGGCGUGCUGAUGGACACGAAUACGUCGACGAAGACGAGACAGCGUCAACUGGGCCCUCGCCUACGGUGACGACAACACCGACGGCUCACAAACACGCUGGCUUGCUGACUAGUCGCCCUGGGCAGAAGAGUGCGGAAGCAGCUCGUCUUCUCGCGCUCCGCGGCCUACGCCGCAUUGUGGAAACCUGCACUUCUCGAAAGUACGCGGAAACGGUCGCCAGUUGUCGACGAGCGAUCGAGAAACUGGAAGUGGGCACGGAGCCUGACGUUCCUGAGGUGCUUGAAGCCAUCAAGAAAGCAAUUUAUUGCGGCAAAAUUGUCGCUGCAGAUAUUGCCCUUGAUACACUGCAUCGAUUGCUCACCUAUGGCUACGUUGAUCCGUUGCGAGGUGCUGAUCUUGACGCCGAGCAAUUUGAGAAUCUGAUUGAAUGCGCCUGCUCCUGUAUUGACACGAAGGAUGAAGGGGUGUAUAUCCGUCUGACGCAGGUUUUACUUGCUUCAGCUACGAGUACCGUUUACGGCUUACAUCAGACAGUAUUACUUGCGGCAGUGCGCACCCUCUACAACAUCUACUUGUCGAGCAAAUCGAGUGCGACGCAGACGACGGCCCGCGCUGCAAUCAUCCAGAUUGUGAGCCUUGUAUUCGGUGCACUCCAGGGCGUUCCGGUAUCCACUGAAUCGAUGCUUUCGACGGGUUCACUGGAGCCAACGGCUAUGCUAGCCGGAACCUUGUUGGUGCACCGCAAAUAUCGGCAGCGAGAGGCAGCUUCCGGUGCGGGCGACGACCCGGAAGCGGUUUCGCAAUCGUCGAUUGUCGUGCCGGGGCAGGCAACCGCCGCAUCCAAAGGCGUCCUCGAUCUCGAACCUGUUGAGCAGUGUCGAAAGGAUGCAUAUUUGCUCUUCCGAGCUCUGUGUAAGCUGGCUUCGAAGCAAAGCACAGAAAACAGCAGCCUACCGACCGAGUCGAUACCCAUCCGAUCCCGUCUAUUGGCGUUGCAGCUCAUACGCGAUAUCACUGAGACUUGCGGGGCGGCACUGCUUCAGCACGAACGCUUCGUGUUUGCGCUGCGUGAGUACCUCGUACCGACCGUUCUUCAGAACUGUAUGAUCCCGAAUCCGCAAGUCCUUGACGUUGCCUUGCAGCUUUUCGAGCGAAUGCUGCAGCUCUACAGAGCCGCCCUCAAACUCGAGAUUGCCGCUCUCUUCCAUGCGGUCGUGUUUCGCUUUCUGGAGAGUUUGACGGUCGCUCCGUGGCAGCGACUCCGCAUCUACCAGACCGUCGAAUGCGUUGUCCGUGAUCAGCAGCUGCUCAUGGAUCUCUUUGUGAACUACGAUUGUGACGUGAGCUCGCCCAAGAUCUUCGAACGUCUUGUCGAUGAUCUCAGUCGCCUUGCGAUCGCCGCCUUGCAGAGCGGAGGUCCGCGCAAGCUCUCUGCUGCGGACCGGAAGCGCUGCCUGGAGCUCCUGGCUACCAUGCUGCACUCGCUGAAAGAGUGGAGUCAGCCACUGGUCGAUGCACGUCGGCAACUUGGAAUCGACGACGAAGACGUGUUUCAGGUGCUCGCAACUCCGUCCGCGCCUGUCGACGAGCGGAACGCUGCCGAUGGCGUUCCUUCGUCGUCGUCGUCGUCGUCGUCGUCGUCUUUGGGGCAGCACUCCAGCGCCACAGAGGUGGGCUCUGGUCUUUCGGCUGUUAAGCCGGUCGGCACCUCGAACGGUUCGGCUGCACCGCUCGCUGAGCGCUCUCUUAUCGAGUCGCUACGGCGAAAACGCGAACUGCAAGAAGUGGCCGAAACCUUUAACAGGGACGCUGUAGAGGGCGUGCGGCUCGCCGCCAGCAAGGGCCUCGUGGAUGCCGCAGACUCCUCCAGCGUAGCUGGGUUUCUGCGGAACUACGCCGGGCUCGAUCGUCGGCAAGUUGGCGAGUACCUGGGCGGUGCAGAUCCUUUCCAAGUGAAAGUUAUGCAUGCUUUUACGGAUAUGGUAGAUUUUAGUAACAUGCGUAUCGACGUGGCGCUACGGAAGCACCUUUCCGCGUUUGUACUGCCGGGGGAGGCCCAGAAAAUCGAUCGCAUUGCAGAAAAGUUCGCCCAGCGGUAUUGCGCCUGCAAUCCUACGCUUUUUGCCAGUGCGGAUACGGCGUACAUCCUUGCGUAUUCCAUCAUUAUGUUGAACACGGAUUUGCACAAUCCACAUAUUCGUCGCAAAAUGUCGCUAGAGGAUUUUAUCAGGAACAAUCGGGGUAUUAACGAUGGCGCGGAUCUGCCUCGAGAGCUUCUCACCGAUAUCUAUCGAAGCAUUCAGGCGGAAGAGUUGCGUCUUCUGGACUCGAUGACGGGAUCCUGGGGUGUGAACGAUUUUCGGUACCCGGCAGCUAUCCAGUCUGGUGAACAGCAGCGUGCAACGCUCUUUAAAGAGGAGAGCGAGCGACUGCUAACGCAGACGCGUGAGCUUUUUGCGCAGCGACGCCACAUACAGUCGUUGCCGCCGUCUGGUAGAGCGGCUUCGCCAGAGCGCUCGAGUCGUGCGGAACAGUCUCAACCAGGAGCCAGAGCAGAUGCGGGAUUGAGGGCGACUGGCAAUCCUUUGGACGCCCAAGUACCUGUCACCGAAGUCUACUACACAGCAAACAACGUGGGUCAUGUGCGUUUGAUGCUCGAGGUCAGUUGGCAACCCAUCCUUGCCGGGCUCUCGCAGAUCCUGGAGAACACCCCAGACACCGACCGAGAGCUCCUGGCGCUAUGCAUCGAUGGAUUCUCGGUUGCGGUCCAAAUCGCUUCACUUUUUGAGAUGGGCACUGAACGGCAAGCCUUGGCAUCGGCGCUUGCCAAGUUUACCAAAUUGCACGCUCUACCAGAUAUCCGUCUCAAGAACGUUGACUGUAUCCGAAUCCUCCUGAAAAUCGCACUUGAGGAUGGCGAUACGCUCGGUGAGACCUGGGUGGAUGUGCUGCGCGCCGUCUCCCUGCUGCAGCAGUAUCGAGCGGUACUCUGGCCGGGCACUCGAGACGGCACGUCACUGCCGGUAUCGCCCGGGGGGCGCACACCUACUGCCAAUGAAAGCGAUGUUCAGGGUCGCAACAGCGAAGCUGCAGUGGACGCGCUGGAUGCUCUUGCCGCGCUCCAGCACGUCGAGGCGGAUUACGACGAGGCUUCUGGUCUCAGGUCGCGCCCCGGUGAGUCGCUUCCUCGCCGUACUACGGCCGAGGCGCCGAACUCCCCGGUACCGCUCAUUCCGGCCGCUGUUCGGGAGCAACUAGUGCACGUGCUCCAGAGUCCCGACUUGGAUCGUCUGUUCAUGCAGACGACCUCGUUGAGCGCCGCAGCUAUGUUGGAUUUUAUGGAAGCGCUUUGCCUAGUUGCCGCUGAGGAGCUCGAUGUCUCGCCCGCACCGCGUUUCUUCUGUCUAAGGCAGAUGGUACGCGUUGCUCAUCUCAAUAUGGAUCGCAUCAGACUGGAAUGGUCGCGAAUUUGGAAGCAUAUCGCCAACUUUUUGGAAUACUGCUUGCAGCGAAAACAGCGACCUGUAGUCGGCAUCAGAGCGCUCGAUGCCCUGCGCGAUAUGGCUCGCAAAUUUCUCGAGAAAGAGGAGCUGAGCAAUUUCAACUUUCAGCGAGAAGUGCUACAGCCGCUGGAGCGCUGCUUUGAGCUCGACGUGAGCGAAAUGCUAAAGCUCCGCACCCUCUCCGUCGGUGAAGUGCUGGUGCGGGAGCACGCCACCCGCAUGCGCUCUGGAUGGAAGUGCAUCUUUACUGUGCUGCAGCGGGCGGCAGAGGAGCGUUCUGAAAAGGUUGUGGAGCGUGCCUUUUCUCUUUUGGAUUUUAUUGUGCGCACCUAUUUCGGGGAGAUUCCCGAAGUCUUUGUCGACGGGAUUCAUACGCUUGCCGUCUUUGCUGUGAAUCGAGUAUCCACGACUUGUGCGACGCAGGCCGUAGAGCACAUAGGUGUGCGAGCGCCCGUCAUGGUUGCCGAGCAACGAACUGGCGUCACUGGUGGACCCGCUGGCGACGACGGUAGCUUGUGGUUUCCGAUCCUCACCGCUUUGGCGAACGUGUGCACAGAUGGCCGUGAAGUGCUUCGUGCUUACGCCGUAGAACUGCUUUUUCGUUCGCUGUUAGAGUAUGGCGGUGGUUUUUCGGGCGAGUUUUGGGUGCUCGUGUUCCGCGGCGUUCUUGCCCCGAUUUUCGAUGAUCUGCAUCAUAUGCCGGGUGGGGAUCGCUUCGAGGAGCCACCAGCAGCUGAGACGGCCUCGGGUCAGAGCUGGGCUCAAACGACGGGUGCAGGCGCACUUCACGGCCUUUUGAUGGUGUUCGAAGCGCACCAUGUGCAUAUGAAGUCGCUCUUCACAGACAUGCUAGAGAUCUUGCGUAUUUGGAUCUGUCAGGAGAACGAGGCAAUCUGUCGCGAGGGCAUGCGCUGUUUGCAGCGAUUCGUUGACCAAGCUGCUGCCUGGAUGGAAGCAGCUGAUUGGGAUCUGGUGGUGAACUUUAUCGACGAUCUUGUCAGAAUGAUGCUGCCUGUUGAUAUCAGUCGCGAGGGGAGUCUCGUCCAAGAUGUUGUGGCGGGUGCGGAGCCGAAGCCCACGGGGUCGCCACGCCAAGCUGCCGUGCCUUCUACCCUGGAGCGCAUCGCAGUUGCCGCAGACUCGGUGCCAGCACCCGUGCUUGAGCCAGCGCUAGAGCAGGACGCACCGCCCGGAUAUGCAAACGAGACCAGUGGUGCCCCGGGCGCUGCUGUGCGGCUGAGCAGAGAGUCCGUUCAAUCGCCAACGGCAUCUUUGCCGGGGAUAGAAUCAGCAACAACAGCAUCAGCACCUGCGCCUGUUACCGCUAGUUCAACUCGCGUUGAUAUCCAUGCGGAUGGUGAUAGCGGGCUCCUGACUAGCAUGUCGCCGGGCCAAGCCGCAGACCUCAAGGAUACCGUCUCGACUGAACGACGGACAUCUGGGCAGCGCUCAGCGACUCGAGGCGUUAGCGAACGGCGUCAGGCGGCUUUCGUUGCGAUCCGUUGCAAAUGUGUUGUGCAGCUGCUCUUGAUUGAACUUGUUCGGGAUCUGGUAUCGGAGCAUUAUCCGCGACUCGAGGCGGUACAAGUUCUGGCGCUGGGCAAGGCCGUCCACUGCUCUUUUCGAUUCGCACAUCGUUUCAAUGCGGAUCUUGCGCUACGCUUUGACCUAUGGCGGGCGGGUUUUAUGUCGCAGGUUCCGAAUCUGUUCAGACAGGACACAAUUGGGCGAAUGGUGUAUUUGCAAAUCCUCUUCAGGCUGGUAGUUGACCAGCGGGCGGCAUAUGCAACGCAGGCGCUGGAGCCGUUGCUUGAGCUAUCUGCCGAGACCUUUGCGCACUACAAUCGCAAAGCGUCCGCAAGAUAUGCAGGGCUAAGCGGAGACGCGCGCAACACAGCUGUUGGUGUGACCUCUACAACGGAGACGACGGCAACCCCGUCGGUGGAGGAACAGCGCGAGUUGCAAGCGUUCGCUCCGGUUGUCGCAUUUGUUUUGGAGAAUAUCGCUGCUGCUCCGGAUGCCGUAUUUGAUUACCUCGUGCGCGGUCUUUUCAAGGAGCUCGCUGAUCUGAUUCGUACUGCCGGGGAGCCUGCUGAUGUUCGCGUUGCGCUGGCGAGCAUCUUCCAUCGCCUGGGAAGCGUCUGGCUGGACAAGUCUUGCGCGCUUUCCUGA